GCAAGCACGCUAGCUCAAGCUGCGGGCGCACCGGUGGCACAAGCCACGGCAGGCGUUGGCGGGUGUGCAGUAGUGCAAACGACUCUCCAUCGAGUCAUGCGGUGGCGUUACAUAUCCUUUCUUGCAUUCGUGCGCUGCCUGACGCCAUCGAAGCGACCACACCACAGCAUCACCUGGACCACUGCGGACGGCUCACGCGUCAUCGAUGGCGUACAACGCGGCGAAUUGCUCCGCACAGCGUUACUACGACGCGGUUUCAGCCCGCACAAUAAUAACUCGCAAUUGAUCAAUUGCCGAGGGCUCGGGACGUGCGGCACGUGCGCGGUUGAGGUGCGAGGCGCUGUCGAGCCCGCAGAAGCGUCGGCGCGCGAGAGACUACGCCUUUCCUUCCCCCCUCAUGAGCUACGAGCUAACUUGCGCCUUGCUUGCCAGUGUACUGUGCAUGGUGAUGUUGUCGUGUCGAAAUUCGAAGGCUUCUGGGGUGCGCGGCCUACGCUCGCGCCCACUGCUGCGAACGCCAAGACGUACUUUGGCGAGUUAGAAUUCUUACUCGACCGAAGGACGCCGCCCACCGCCGAGCUGCGACCGCUCGCGAACGACGCGCUCAACGAUUUAGGGUGGCGCCUGCGCGACUUGGGCGGCGUCGUGCGGCGUGAGGUCGACCGCGCGCUCCGAGACGGGCCCUGUGAGGUCUGCAACGGGACCGAGGUCGUCGAUUGUCCGAAUUGUGAUGGAAUGGGCCGCUACGUGACCUACGGGACUGAAACCGAGUGCAAGGCCUGCCGGGGCUCGGGGCAGGUCGUGUGCCGCGCGUGCUUCAAGGGCGAUCCGUGGGACCUCGAGGCCGUCCGGGAGCGGGCGAGGCGCAGGCCCGACUAA